AUGACUGAUGAGCCAGCCAGCACAAGUCAAGUAACCAAAAUAUGGGCAAAGGAACUGUUGACAUUCAGGGAUGUGGCUGUAGAAUUCUUUCCAGAGGUUUGGGCAUGCCUGAACACUGCUCAGCAAAAUUUGUACAGGGAUGUGAUGAUGGAAAACUACAGAAACCUGGUCUCCUUGGAACUUGCUGCCUCUAAGCCAGACCUGAUCACAUGUCUGAAGCAAAGACAAGAGCCCUGGAAUGUGAAGAGAGAGGAGGCAACAGCUAAACACCCAGGUAGGUGA